AUGUGGUUCGAAAUUUUACCAUCUGCACUUAUUAUAACUGCAGCUCUCGCAUUUCCUCACGCUUCCGCUUACGUAAUGAAUUAUUUAGUAUUUGGUAACAUGUAUAGGAGGUCCAUGUAUCAUAUGGAGGAAAGACGUCAGUAUUUAAGAGACAGGAGGUUAACUAAAGAUCCUUAUAAAGUUCAAGGACUAGAAGCCAUACCAGACGAAGACGACAAAGAAAACCAAUCAAACAAUUAG